GCAUGUUGUCCUCAUGAUGUCUACCCAGUUUCUAAAUUAGAGACUUGCGGGGCACGCUUUUGUUGGAAAGGACCGAGAUAAAAACACACACGACACAUCCUGGUCAUCCAUAACUGGUUUGCUGCUGCUGGUGUGGGGAACUUUUUUUACGUUUUGCUGCUCAACACGUGCUUUUGUCAGAACUGAAUUUGCCUCUGGAAACGGGAAAAUCGUGUAUCCUAGUCUAAGAUAGUGGAUCUCUACGGAGUUUGAUAUUUUUCCACAUUUGACUGCAUGUGCCUGAGAGUCUGACGCUGAAUCUCUUCAAUGGCUGCCUCGGGCUCCACCUCUGUGCCUGAGGGUUUCCACUACGAGACUAAGUACAUUGUCCUCAACUACCUGGGCCUCCUGCCCCCCUCCCAGCUACAGGCCACUACUGGCGGAGGAGAUGACCAGUAUGCUGUGGACAGAGCGAUGGAGAGAGAGAGGAACAGAGUGAUGAAGGGACAGAUAGAGGAAGAGCUGAGGCAACUGGAAGAUGAGAUCUCAGCCUCCUUCUCCAGUACAGGCUUCGACUGCCACAUGUCUCCAGUGUUCAGCCCUGCCAACCCAGAGAGCUCCAUCGAGGACUGCCUUGCUGCUCUGGGCGACCGGGUGGCCAGAGACCUGGACACACACCUGGCCUCCACUGUACACACACUCCUCAGUGCCCCUUUGGACUACGAACGUUUCAGAGAAGCAGCACAAGAUGUCUCCUGCCACACGCAGAGUGGCUGGACCAAGGUGCUGGUGCCUUUGGUGCUGCUGCAGGCACUACAGGGAGAAGGACAGAUCCUGGCUACUCUGCUUCCUCUGGGGGUCAAUUUCCUGGAGGAGGCUGAGGCAGACUACAUCAUCCGGCAGGGAGGAUGGGGUACAGUGUUUAGCCUGGAGGAGGAGCAGGGCUUGACCAUAGCCGAGGACAGCAACGACAUCUACAUCCUGGCUGGAGAGCAGCUUCCCACAUCGCAGCUGGGCACCGGAGACAACAGUGGGCCGGACAGCUGGCAGACAGAGAGCUUACGUGUGUCUCUGGCAGGCCACGAGUCCUGGGCACAGGUUGGCAUGAUGGACCACCCCGAAGACAUCAAGAGCCUGGAAAGCAACGAGGGCACCCUUGCAGAGGAGCGCAGCGAGAACAACUCUUCCAACUCUGACAUCGUGCACGUAGAGCGAGAGGACGCAGAGGAGGGUGAGGGCGGGGCAGAGGAGCCUGAGCUGCAGGAGAUCAUGCUGAGCGUGCUGGGCACGGAGAGUGAGCUGGCUGAGCUGAGGGCGAUGUUUAGGGAUGACACCCCGCCUCCUGUCCCAGCAGCCCCAGAGCCCGUGGUGGUAAAUCUGGAGGAGUCGGUCGUCAUCGAGACCCCUGCUCCCCUGUCGGCGGUCCCAUCAGAGCCAGAACCGCGUGCCCCAUCCACUGACCCAGUGUCAGAGCCCGAACCCCAUACACCAGCCCCUGUGGUUGAGCCUGAGCCUGUCCCUGUUGUGGAGGCAGCACCCCCAUCCCCCGCCAAGGUGCCCCCUACUCCCCCACCAGCAGAGCAAGACCCAGAACCAGAGCCAGCCCCAAUGCUAGUCACAGCAGCACUACCCCAGCCAGAGCCCAUUCCAGAGGAGCCCCAGCCUGAACCUCAGUCAGAGGCUGUGAUGGAGCUGGCAGCAGCGCCCGUCCUGGAGGCACCCCAAGCCCCUGUGGAGGCCCCUGUGGCCCCAGCCGAGGAGGCCCCAGUGCAAACGGAACCAGAGGCCGAGUUGGAGCUUCCAGUGCUGCUUUACAGUGGAGCUGCCCUGGUGGCCCUAGCUGCUGUAGUGGCUUUGGGAGUGCUGACCCACCGGAAGAGGUAGCCUAGCGGUGCUCCUGACCUGGGCCCCAGACCUCACUUCCUCCCUGGUCCCUGCCUGGCUCACUGCUGGUAAUCUGGGCUGCUGUGCUGCCACUGCCAGGUGUACACACCAUGGCAAAAAGAACUAUUUUCUCUCUCUGUUUUGUUUUCCCCCGUUCUCAUCUCAUCUGACGUUUGAUAUGUUUGUCUUCAGUUGUACAUUGCUGCCUCCAACCCAUCACCACAAACUGGAAAGGACAUAUUAUACAUUGUCUUGGUUUCUCUAUUGUGCGUGGUUCUGUCCUGUGCCAUCUGGAUGCACGUCACAGAUACAAGCAGGGUGUAUGUUACCCUCUGGGCUGGUGCUUGGGGUACUUCUUUGUCCUCAGAGCCUAGUGGGUGUAGCUCAAGUCAGAAUUGCCAGGAAAGCGAAAAGGGCACCUAUUCCAAUCGAUUUUUUAUCUAGAAUGAUUAGGAAAAAAGUAUGUUCUGACUACCUUAUGUCCUCUGAAAAGCAGGUUGAGGUUUAGAUUAGAUGAACAUGGUUAUGUAGAAUCCUUUUUUGAUGGCAGUUAACAGAUUAUGAUUAGACUGAAUUUGUUUUUAGAAUUAUGUAUGUGAUAUUGGGAUAUAAGAUUCACUACUGGAGACCCUGAUGUGUCUGUAAAAUAACUAUCUGCAGAAUUGAGCCCCAUAAAGGGACUAUAUUGUUCAUAUAGCACUUGAUUGAGAUUAUUAAUAUCACACUAAAAUGUGAAGUAGAUAUAUUUAUGAUCUACUCCCCCACUAUAUUAAAGGCUGAUUGCCAGUGACUUACUACAUCAGCUGAUGAUAAAUGUAUUAUUUUGUCAUUUUGGGGCAGAUUUAGGAAAAUGAGGGAUUCCGCUUUAAGAUGUGAAUGGGAUGCCUUGACGCAAGGGUAUAUAUUUUCACAUGAAUAUAAUAUAUUAUCACUGUACCUCAUUUCAGUAAUUUAGUUAACAGACUCCUGUGACAAAAUAUAUGUUAUCUCUUUAUAUAGUGUUGUAAUUUAUGGUCAUUAUAAUUGCAAUGAAAUAGAUUUUUAAUAGUGUCCUAAAAAGAGGACGAGCUGAGGAUAAAGAUUACCGCAGCUCACAGCCAGAGUGGGAUACACAAUUGAAUUUUAUAACUUGCCAUCUCUUAGGUUUUGAGGGGAUUGUGAUGAUGGGUAAAUGUUAUUCACCAUUCCAGGCAUGAAGAUGCAUCCUUGAAAAUAGAUGUUUAGAAUCUCUGGUAUAGAACUGUCAUUGGUCAUUCAAUUGUGUGCUAGUGUGAGUGAAAACAUCAACCACUCCUAAAGCCAGUUGAACCAUGAUGGCACCAUGGUCAAUGCUGUUCCAGGCACUGUGUUCUGUCGACAGGGAAUGGAGGGUUGGGAAUGACUGCACCAAGACAUACUUUCUGUCUCUGUCUGGUGAAUUUCAUAUUCAUAUGUUCAACUCAAAUUGUGUCCAAGAGGAAUAAGAAGGUUUAAGAUUGACAACAUCUUUCAUGUUUAAUAUUUCAGUCUACUUGAUUUAAUCUGAGACUAUAUCAGAAAGAGAAAUUGAGUUGUCUUGAAUCAAUUUAUGCUCUUAUUCCCAACUCCCCCAGUCUGUUAGUAAAUAAUAACAUGCCUUUCUUCUGCUACAUGGUCCGCUGUUUGUCCCAUCUGCUGGCCCAAACUGCCCACCCAGCACUGCCUUGCCAUUCUGCUGUAACCCCAUAGCAUGCCUACCUUUCUACAGUAGAGACUUCUAAACAAAGAUGAACAGCUGUCUGCUGGCUUCUUCCCACUACUAGCAAACCUUCUUAUGCUCUUGAAAAGGUCAGCUCCCUCCAUUUCUCAAGUCCGAGUGGAGGUCUAUCCAGAACUUGAAGAGUAGGAACAACACACGCCAACCCUGCCACAGACAAUCAACAGAGCUAACAAAAUUACCACUAAGGGAAACCUCAUAUCUUCCUCUGUUCGUUGUGUACAAUGUGAAUCCAAAAAUAAAAUCUGCACUGUAGGCCUCGA